AUGCAGUACUCUUUCAGUAAUCAAGCAGUCAUAAGUCAAAGUGAGCGAUGGAGGCAAGUUUGGCCAACACCAUUUCUUGCUCUAAUAGCAGUUGGUCAAAUGUUACUUACAGGGGCUAUUGUUGCUCUUGAAACGUGGAGUAUGCUGUUAAAUAUAACCAGUUCCUUUUUAUUUGUCGGUUAUAUUACAUCAUUUUUCUUCACAAUAACUUGGAUAUCAACAUUCACAGUCGUUUGUUGUAAUCGAGAAUCUCGUUGUUGUGCUACACAUGCAUUAGUAGAAAAUGUUCUAUCAAUUAUUGCAUCGAGUGUUCUAUUGUAUUACGAUACUCAAUUUCUUCGUUAUCCUACAGCCUGUUUUUGGUCAUUUGAACUAUGUAUUUUUUCCCCAAUCAGCGUAGCUUGGCAUGUUUUCUCCGGUUACAAUAUCUUCGACUUACGAGAAGCAAAACUUAUUGCAAUCAGAGCACAAUUAGCGUGUGCUGCUAUUAUGCUUUCUUUAAGCGUAUUUUUCUUUAUUAUUUAUAUUUACACUGUUUUGAAAGUUGAAAGCAAGCAAACAUCGGUCGCUCCAUAUCGUGACAUGGAACUUAGACAGUUACAACAGCAACAACAACCAACAAUAUAUACAGUUUCAGUACAAUAG